AUGGAAAUAGCCAACUUCCCCUCUCUCACUGGGGAGGAGUUCCUCGAGGCGUGCCACCAUCUCGACGGAGCCUACUGCAGAGCCCAGCUGGGACCUCUCCGAAAACGCUGGAAACUGAGAUUGCGAAUGGCGGUCCAGGCAGAUUUUCUCUUCCAGGACGUACCAAAUUCAUACAUUGAAAUCACGCGGCCGCUCGACCCAGAAGAUCUCGACAUCGACCUCGAGAGUUUGACCAUAUCAUCCGGAAAGGAUGAAAGAGGGGAGAAUAUGAGCGGGAUCGACCAAGAAAUGAUGGAAAUUGAGGAAUCUGACCAGGCAUGA